AUGCCGGACUAUCAUGACGCACUUCGGUUUCUUUACUGUGUUCAUCUAAUAUUACUUGACGCAGCGCUAUAUAUAUUACCAAUACUCGCAUUAUGUCUCAUACCAAAUAUCUUCAUUCUGCUAAUCUGGUUUCCAGCAUUUGUUGGCAACGUUUAUCGAUACAUCUACUUCAAUAAACAUAUUGGAUCAAACUUGAAAUUCGUGGUAUUUCUAUUUUCUCCUGUUCUGAUCGUACUCUAUUUGCCGGUCGGAGUUUUAGUAUGUGUGACUUAUACGAUUUGGAUUGUGCUGUUGGGUCCAAUUAUCGAACAUUCGGUGCGAAGUGAGGAUCAUUUAUACGAUAUUUCUCAAACAGCCGCAUUAGUUUAUUAUUUGUAUCAUCGAGCGCGAGGCCAUGAUUUGGUAGAACUAAAUGCUGAUAACCCUGAUCUGGAAGAGCGCUGGUCAUAUUUAACAGAAUCACCGGCAGCUGCUCCAUUCAAUUCUGCAUUACAAUUAUCCGUGGGAAUGUGGUCAGCUCACUCGAAAAUAAUACCAGAAAUAGUAAACGAUGAAAAACGAUACCAAGGAAAUACAAUAGAUUUUGCUUUUUGGCGUCUCGUAGUAGGCGUAUCUAUUUUCCCAUUUUACUUUUUUGUCACUGUGCCAACCACAGUGAUUGUUGCGAUUAUAUUCUACAUUCCAUUAUUAAUUCGAUGUGAAAUUAUUCUGUGGAAAACUUUUGCAACAUUGGAUAUUUUUUAUGCAAUUGUCACGUUUCUUGGAUUUGUGGUGAUGACCAUUGCCCUUGUACCGUUGAUAGUGGUGGGAGAUAUUCUACUUGUUGCAAUAAUCUUGUUGAUCUCAUUUUAUCCGAUGUAUAUGGCAGUUGUCGAGUCAACGGAAGCCGGAUGUCAUGCAUCUGUUGAAGUGGCUGUUGAUGUCACGCGUCGAUACAUGGAAGCCGCAACUGGACUUCAACCUGAUUUGAUUGACUUUGACGGGCUUCAAUAUUUCAAAAAGAACAACUUAACAAAUUCAAAGGUAGCGAACCCGAUAUUAGCUUCGUUAAAAUCAAACACAAAUAAAGCACUUCAGAACAAAAAUCCAUACUCUGUCACAAAUACAACUCAAAUUCCACCCAAUGGUGAUAAACAUUACUAUUAUUCAUGGGCUGUAUAUUGGUGGCCUGAUUGUAGUGGAGUGCCUAGUAAUUUAGCUAAAGAUCCAGCGCAUAACUGUCCGUAUAAACAACGAGACGGACAGUACAUUCCCGAUUUAAAUGACCUUUCAGAUCCGACAGCUUCUGUAUCUAUGAUCGAUGAUGUUUUUUCGUUAUCGAUUUCUUAUGCUUUAUUUGGUGAUGAAAAAUAUGCUAUAAAAGCUAUACAAUUGUUGCAAGUUUGGUUUUUGAACAAUGAUACAGCAAUGGCACCGAAUGUUGAAUAUGGACAAGUCAUAAGGGGUCCAGGGAAUUGGACAGGGAGAGCUGAAGGAAUCCUGGAUUUGAGGAAUUUCGUUUAUAUACCUCCAUCAAUACAAAUACUAAAGAACUCGACAUCAUGGAACUCGGAUAUGGACAAUGGUAUGAAAAACUGGUUUACACAAUACAUCGACUGGCUUCAAAAUUCAAGUAUUGGAAAAACAGAAGGUGCAGCACCUAAUAAUCAUGGAACAUAUUAUGUUGUUCAAUUGGCGACUUAUCUGGAUUAUAUUGGAAAAGACGAUGAGGCAGUUCAAGUAAUAAAGCAAUUUGUUAAUAAACAAUUCCAAUCACAAAUUUCGAAAAAUGGGGAUCAGCCUUUGGAAAGUCGAAGAACUCGGCCAUGGCAUUACCAAUGCUUUAAUUUGGUAGGGUUAACUUAUAUUGCUCAAUUAUCAGAACGUUUGAAAGGACCAAACCUAUGGACUCUAAAAACUUCAUCUGGUGCCACAAUACAAGACGCAAUAAACUACGUUGCAAACGAAUCAUUGAGCCCAAGUGACAAUCGAUCGGAGUGCCUCAUCCCACUUUACUUAGCACAAGAAUAUUACGGGAAUUCAUUUUCCUCAAUCCUCACGAAUACUCUAGCAGAGAGUCAGACUAGUGAUGAAUAUUGGUUACUUUGGAAUCCGAGAAUCUCUGGUGACACGAAACAUAGCGAUGCGAGCCAUAUGCGUGGCGGUGGCGUUAUUAAUAGUGUGCUUAUAUGUUGUUGGAUAAUAUCGGUUUGGACUUUUUCUUAUUCUCUGUAG